CUUCCUCCGGCUCCGUUUAUUUCUAUCUCGGCCACUGUGAAAUAUUUCACUCCCCACACAAGAGAGAGAGAGAGAGAGAGAGAGAGAGAGAGAAUUCUUGGGAGCUCUCUUCUUGGUUGUCCAUGGAGGGAGUUGGCCUUUUUCACUCAGAAACCGACGCCAUUGGAGGCCUUGGAGCCGGAAUUCCCAAAGGGGAGAGCAAUCAGAAGAUCAUGACGCCAUUGAUAAGGAGGAAGAGGCUCUCGGACAUCACCAAUUUGACGAGUAUUGGGAGGUCGCCAAGAUCCAAGGCGGAGGACCAAGAAAUGGCGAAGGUCGUCCCCGCUGUGAGUGCUAAGGGUUACAUUUCCCAGCUCCUCACGGAAAAUUCUGCUCUUUUGAAGAUAAUUGAAGAGAAAAAUAAAAUCAUAGAAAUGAAUGGCAUCGAGUUGCACAAGGUCCGAUUCAUGCUGCAGAAAGCCCAUCAGCAGAAUGCGCAGUUUGCACAGGCUAACUCCCAGAUGCUGGCGGAGUUCAAUCUGGGUAAAGACAGACUUAAAGCAAUGCAGCACGAGCUUGGAUGCAUGACAGCAGCUCUCAGAGUAAAGACCUUAGAACUGAAGGAGGCAACGAAACUUUAUAAACAACACAAGCAACUAGACAAGAAGAUAAGCAUUGAGUUUAAGGAGAACAAGAACAUGAUGGCUGAGUUUGUGCCAGAUGCAUUUCAUCCAGCCAGAUACCAGAAGACUAGCGGUGCCAAUAGGAAGCGUACACUGAGAAGUCGAUCUCUGGGAACUGCUACAGUAAUUCAUCCAGUUCCAGCAAAGGAGAAGAGUGAAAGCAGAAGAAGGUCUUUGAGAAGGAGAUCCAGUAAUCUGAAAGCUAAACUUUGUGAGCCUACUGAGGAAUUGUUUGAGAUAGAAGAUAUAAAGUUUCCAAUCCGAUCGCUGACCGGUGAUCGCAUGCAUGAAGACAUUUCUGUUCAGCUAGACUCUUCUUCAGCUAAAUCCACUUCAGAUGCCAUCCUGAACCCUGUAAAGGUUGAAGUACAGGAAGAGAGGAGCUCACCACAAGAUCAGAAUCAAGGGUCAAGGAGAUCAUCUCUUGGAAGGCCUAUGAGGAGGGCAGUUGAAAGGGUCAGUUCUUACAAGGAAGUGCCUCUCAAUGUCAAAAUGAGAAGAGACGACUAAGUGGUCAUAGCUAACUUGAUUCCCACCUAGAGAUGGUCAACCAGGCACUGACAACUACACGGUCUUCAUGAUCAGGAUUGUUGUAUACCUGUGUACACAAUGUGUUCUUUUAUGAUCUUACAUUGUGUCCCACCCACCCAAAAAAAAACGAAGUACCUCAGUGAAACCGUAAUUGAUAGAGGUUUGGUAUUUUGGUCAUUUGUGAAUGAUCACAAUACUACCGGACUGAUUUGAACAGUAUUCUUAUUCUGGAUGCUUGGAAAAAUUGAUGCUUUAUUCAAAUUAUACCAAAACAAUUGCAUCAUAUCCUUCUCCAAUGAAUGCAAGGUUUUGGCUGCGGCCUUUAAGAACACAAGAUUUUGCAUGUCUUGUGCAAGUAAACAGGGUAAUGCUUUGCCAUCAUAUAUCUAAGCUUUGAGAAAUUCCCUAUAGUAUUGUCACCGGGAAUGAUUCCAAGUAUUUGAUUUCAGUCUUCCAAUUUUCCAUUGAGCAUGUGAUAUAUGGCUGAGUUACUUGACUAAAGGAAUAAACUAGUAUAUAACUCCCGUUAAUGCGAUUUGGGAUAAAGCUUCUGCAUCACUACAUGAACCGCAAAUAUUAUCUGAGUCAGCAGAUCAUUGUAUCUACUCAUGCAGUUUCUGGUUAUCCUAUUUGCCAAAUUUAAUCAUCUUAUCCAUUCCUGCAGUUUAAUCUCAUAUUGAGGCAUCAUGUAAUCUGGCUAACAUCCUGUACGUAUUCAGCAAGCUUUGUGUCUUCUAAAAUCAGUAUACAGUAGAUUGUAAUGCAUGUGG